CAUUGACAUAACUGCUAAAUUUGAAUGAGUAUAACAUUUAUUAAAGAUGUUUUUGUUUAAACUGUUAGCAAUUUUUCUUCUUCCCCUGCUGUCUCAUCAAAACAGUGAUUGUUCUCUUCCAUCUUGGAGCUCUGGAGCGCUUCACGGUGGCACUCCCAGGCAGGCAGCUCCCCUGAGUGAGUCACAAGGUCCGGACGUGUCCGCUCCACUUCCCUGAGUGGGCCAGGGCGUACCUCACCUCCCCUUCUCUCAUUCCCAGCUCUCCUCAGCCCUCUCCGCUGCGCUGUCCUUGUGCUUCUCCCCUUUCAUGCCCCCGGUCCUCUCCAUUACGGUGGAUUCAUGCUCAGCUCUCGCCCUCCUCGGUCGCCAUGCAGAACAACCACCAGAAGGAGCAUCUCUAUAAGAUCCUUGUGAUAGGGGACCUCGGGGUCGGCAAGACCAGCAUCAUCAAGCGCUACGUCCACCACAACUUCAGCCCCAACUACCGCGCCACCAUCGGGGUGGACUUCGCACUUAAAGUCCUCAACUGGGACCAGGAGACGGUGCGUCUGCAGCUGUGGGACAUCGCAGGUCAGGAGAGGUUCGGCAACAUGACCCGGGUGUACUACCGCGAGGCCAUGGGCGCGUUCAUCGUGUUCGAUGUCACAAGGCCCGCCUCCUUUGAGGCCGUCACCAAAUGGAAGGAGGACUUGGAUUCCAAACUGACACUUGCCAAUGGGAAACAUGUAGCCACUGUGCUUUUGGCCAAUAAAUGUGACCAGGGCCGUGACGUACUGACCAAUAAUGGAAUAAAGAUGGAGCAGUUCUGCCAGGAAAACGGCUUCGUGGGAUGGUAUGAGACGUCUGCUAAGGAAAACAUCAACAUCGACGAAGCAGCUAACUGCCUGGUGAAACACAUCAUUGCCAGUGAGAGCGACAUGCUCCAAUCAGAAGUCCCCGACACCAUCACCCCCCAGUUAGAGAAGGACAAAGGCGGGACAUGCUCGUCCUGCUUCAGAUCCCAGUAACAGCUCCUGACAGUUGGAUGUCCUUUUGUAUCUCGUUAAGACACAAAGUCGAGUUUGUCUUUGAGCAGGAGGCGGUGGAAGGAGAAUGACUUUGGCUGUUUUUUUAAGAAGCGUGUGUGGGUGCCAACUCGUUUCCUGUCUGGUGGC